AUGACGGCUCCUUGCUCAUAUCGGUCGCUCGGAUGGCAUGAGUUGGGUGCCCAUCUCCAUUUGAUGAUAUUCCGAGCAGGCCAGAAAUUGAGCAAGCGACCACUGCACUACCAACAUGUCUUGCGGGAUCUGCUGCCCCAAAAGGAGGUCAAUCAUGCAUACACCCUCAUCCGACGGCAUGGGUCAUGGACGGCUCCCCUGCCUUGGGAUAUAGUACCCGACAGGCGGUUGUGGGCAACGGGCGAGCUCACACCUUUUCCUGAUGGUUAUUUCCGCCGCCCUCUAACGAAGUAUUGUUCUCCCCUGUUGGAUGACGACACUGUCCGAUUUUCUCGCCCAUUUCGGCCAAUUGUCUCAGGGACAAAGAGGAAAGUUUCUAGUGACACCAGCAUGGGCAGACAAGCCUACACCGCGGAUGGUUAUACUCAGCGGGGAAUCAGCGUUCGUCAGUGGUGUCUAGAUUGCGAUCACGCUCGAGAUGAGUGGACGAUGGGACCGCCUGCGGACCCUGAGAACGUAGAGAUGGUCGCAUAUCGACAAGAGCAACCUGGCGAUGUGCAGCUUGUUGUGCAAAAGCUUUGGUCGGGGGAAAGCUAUUUCUCAAGCAUCGUCUGUUGGAAAACGAUCCUCGUAGGAGAACUCCGUCGACCCACCGCGACGACCGGUGCUCAUGUGGUAACGUCGAUCCACACCCGCAAACGGACUGAUCCUGCCAUCGCAAAAAGCACGAAUGAGCCAGAUAUAUUUCCUGACCUGCAUUCCCCUAUGAUAUCCGUUGCUCUCGAGCUAUCGGCCACAGAGAGGGUAUGCAACUGCACGCGUGGUGUUUAUCAGAUGACACGCGGCGUCUACCAGACGUCGGUGCAUUACCACCUUACUUCCGAUGAGAAUAUCCACGGUAGCAAUUCGAUGUUGGUGACUGACCGGAAAGCAUUCCAGGCCCAACCCUUGGGCAUCGGAUAUUCGUAUGGCUAUCUGCCUGCCUUCAACCAGCAGGAAGCGGCAGUCGCUUUGUGGAAUACAAGAACUGCAAGCAUGUGGGAUCAAACGGCGGUCACUGUGGAGCAGCUUCUCUGCAUCGCAGUGUGCCAAUGGAACGAGCCACAGCACAACCCUGAGCGGCAGCUCACCCCAACUGUGACGCCCAUACAAACCGCUGAUCCUGUCUUCAAUACUGUCACCGCUAUCAUUUCGGCAUCCUCUCGGUCAUGA